AUGCGUUUGAGCUGCAAUGGGUGCCGUGUUCUCCGAAGAGGUUGCAACCCAAAUUGCCCCAUUGGGUCCUCUCUCCAUUGGAUCAAAUCACCAAACUCUCAAUCCAACGCCACCCUCUUCCUUGCUAAGUUCUAUGGCCGCCAAGCCCUCAUCAACCUCCUCACCACUGCUCCUUCACAACUCCAACCAGAUGUUUUCAAAUCUUUGCUCUACGAAGCUUGUGGUCGAAUCGUGAACCCAAUUUUUGGCUCGGCUGGGUUGCUCUUGGCUGGGAGUUGGCACCUCUGUGAAGCUGCAGCGGAAGCCGUCCUUAAUGGCGCGCCGAUUCAACAAGAUCAUUUGGAUGGCUCCGUAAGCCUUCAGCCACAGGAUUGCGAUAUUCGUCACGCGGUGAAGAGUGGGAAGUCACGCGGCUCUGAUGGACACCACAAGGUGAAGUCAGGGACAAGCCAGUUCAAGCGCCGAGCCAAGAAGCUGAAAGCAGACUCAAGUGUGGCUGAGUUGGUGGGAGUGGCUGAUUCUGGAAGUGAGUUAGGAGGUUCAGUGAGUCGUGAUUCAGGGUCUGGGGUGACUCGGGUGAGCGAACACAAAAGCAUUGGUGGAGAAGGUGACAGUAACUUUGGUGAGAUUGUGGAGCCAACACCAGCUGAUGAUGGAGAAUUGGAGCUUGAGUUGACUUUGGGGUGA